CAUUCCUUCCGCUCCACCCCCACUCCCUCCCGUGGAAAGAGUUUCCCGGUCACUGUCCGAUUGCUGGAGCUCGAAAGUUGUAAUGUCCGCUGAUUCGGCGAAGAAGCGAAAAACCAAAGUGAUUCGGAGUGAUGGCGGAACAGUGGAGAAGGAGAGCAGAAAGGCUCGGGGUGAUGGUGAACAGGAGAGUAAAGUUUAUAGUGAAGAGGCGGAAGUGGAGACACGAGACCCUGCUAAAGACUAUGAUAUGUACAAGAAAACCUGUGAGGAUCUCCAAAGGUUGAUGGCUGAGAUUCAUGAAUUAAAGAGUAAAGGAGGAAAAGAUGCUUCAGCAGAGAUCGAUGAACGGCGGAUCCAGAGCUGUAUUCAUUUCAUGACUCUAAAGAAGUUAAACCGUUUGGCUCAUAUCAGGUUAAAAAAGGGUCGAGAUCAAACUCAUGAGGCCAAACAGAAAGUCGAUGCUCUUCAUCUUCAACUUCAGAAUCUUCUCUAUGAGGUGAUGCAUCUUCAAAAGGAAAUCACCAAGUGCUUAGAGUUCAAAUCGAAACAUGAAGAGAUUGACUUGGUGGAUGUGGAGGAAUUCUAUAAAGAGGCCCCCUUAGACAUUAGCAAGCCUAACCUCACCAUGAGUGAUCCACAUCAGCAGACUCUGUCUCGCUUAGACUGGGAACUUGAACAGCGUAAAAGGUUGGCUGAAAAAUAUAAAGAAUCACUAGCAAACAAAGAGAAAAUUCGAAAAGACAUUGAAAUCAAAAAAGAAUAUUUAAACAGUCUUCAGCCAAGACUUAACACUAUUAUGCAGGCAUCUUUACCAGUCCAAGAAUAUCUUUCCAUGCCCUUUGACCAAGCUCAUAAACAAUAUGAAAUAGCUAGACACCUGCCUCCUCCGUUAUAUGUGCUGUACGUUCAGGCAAAUUCAUAUGGGCAAGCUUGUGCUCAGAUGAACAAGGCCUCCCAGCCCUAUGGGCGGGAUAAGAAUCUUACAGUAGCUAUUGAUGGGGAUGUUGAAGAAGCCAAGGCGCUUGCAAGACCGCCAGAGGACUCCCAAGAUGAUGAAAGUGACUCCGAUGCAGAGGAGGAGCAGACCACAACAAAACGUCGCCGUCCAACUCUUGGCCUGCAACUGGAUGAUAAACGCAGAGAAAUGUUAAAACGGCACCCUCUGUCCGUUACUUUAGACCUAAAAUACAAAGAUGGCAGUAUCCUUCACCUUUACUUCUACUAUUUGAUGAACCUCAAUAUAAUGACAGUCAAGACUAAAGUGACCACAGCUACUGAAAUGUCCAUAGCUAUCAGUGCAGGAGAUCUGUUGUCUCCAGCCUCAUUAUUGAGUUGUUUGUAUCCUGGAGACCAUGGCAAAAAGACUCCAAAUCCUGCAAAUUACUAUCAGUUCGAUAAAGUUGGAAUCUUAACUUUCAGUGACUACAUUGGAGAGCUAGGACAUCCCUAUGUUUGGGUUCAAAAACUUGGAGGACUGCAUUUUCCAAAGGAUCAGCCGCAGAAAUUUGUAAUGGCUGACAAUUCUGUAAGUGCCAGUCACAUGGAAACUACAAUAAAAUUGCUACGGAUGAGGUUGCAGUCCCGACUGGCUCUGCAGAAGCAGUUUGCUUCACUAGAACAUAGUAUUGUGCCGAUAUCCAGUGAAUGUCAGCAUCUUUUCCCAGUGAAGAUCAUAGCUAGAUUGAUCAAAUGGUGUGCCAUUUCGUAUGAAGAUUAUGUGGCUCUGCCUUUUACCAAGCAUGUCGUUGAAGCAGACAUGGCUCAAGAGACUGAUCUAUUCUUUUCAGCUUUGAUAGAACGAGGGACAGCUAAGCUCCAUGCAGCGAUAGUGUUGAAUCCUGGUUAUUCUACCAUCCCCCCUAUCUUCAGCCUUUGUUUAAAUUGGAAGGGCGAGAAAUCGAGUCGUAAUGAUGAUAAUCUAAAGGCGAUAGAGGGUGAGGUUAAUGUUUGCUUCAAGGAAUUGUUGGGUCCCAAACCAGGACAUCAGCUUCUGACAAAUCAGAUCCAGCGAUUAUGUAUGUGUCUGGACGUUUAUCUGGAAACGGAGACUCAUGAUAAUAGUGUGGAAGGACCAAAGGAAUUCCCACGAGAGAAGAUGUGUCUGCGCCUUGUUAGAGGUCCUAAUCGAAUCAAGCCUUUCAAAUACAAUCAUCCACAGGGAUUCUUCACACACCGGUGAAGCAGCAGUAAUUUGAUGGAGUUUCUACAUGCAGCUGUACCUGUUAACUGAUGGAUCCUCCACAGCAAUUUGAGUUUGAAUUUAAAUGUGGAAGAGGAAAACUACAAGCAUCAGUAUUACAGCUCUGGAGUUUCUGAUUUGGGUGAAUAAACUUAAAGGCACCACA